AUGGCGUCUUUCAUUUCUCCCAAGUCUGCUACGGUAUUACUCAAUAGAUUACCGGUCAGAUCGAGAGUAUUGCCAUUCACAAGGACAGUGCCGAUCCAACCACGCCGGGCAUUCUCCGUUUCUCUAAAACAAGCCAUGUUGACGACAGAGCUAUCCGAGGCCGAGGUUUCGGCGCUUAGAGCUAAUAAGGACCGCCUUGCAAAAGACCUUCAUCACAGUUGUCAAUGGGGGUUUGGUAUACGCUGGGGAGAUGGACUGACGGACACUGGAAUGCAGCGCCUGACGCUGUCUGAAGAAGACAAAUCCGUGCGAGACUGGUUCAUUGAAACAACAAAAGCGUUAAAAUGCAAAAUCACGAUUGAUGAAAUGGGCAAUAUCUUCGCUGUGCGUCCCGGACGGAGAAAGGAUGUGCCCCCGACAUUCAUCGGCAGCCAUCUAGAUACGCAACCAACAGGUGGUCGCUACGACGGGAUUCUGGGUGUUCUCUCAGGUAUUGAAGCGCUAAAAGUUAUUGAUGAAAUGGGCCUGGAGACAGAAGGAGGCAUAGGCGUUGUAAACUGGACGAACGAAGAGGGAGCGCGUUUUCCCAUCAGUAUGGUCUCUUCUGGCGUAUGGGCCGGUUCUAUACCUCUUUCACGGGCACAUGGGCUCAAAGAAGUACCAACGGUGGCUUCUCUCCCCACUGCAUCUUCUGCCCCAGAGUCGUUGAAAUCGGCACUCGAAAAGAUCGGCUAUCUAGGAGACGUUCCAUGUUCCUAUGAGGCAACUCCCAUGGCAGCUCAUUUCGAGCUUCAUAUCGAACAGGGGCCUCAUCUGAUUUCGGCAGGUCAACGCGUUGGUGUUGUCACUGCCGUCCAAGCCUACCGCUGGUAUCGAGUCAAUGUGACGGGUAGAGACACCCACACAGGUACCACGGCGUUCCAACAUCGUGCAGAUGCGCUGUACGCCUUCGCUCAAAUGAUGGUGCGUGCUCGGGAAGUUGCCUCUUCUCACGGUUGUUUAGCCAGUGUCGGCAUCGUCGAGGCGAAACCUGGUAGCGUCAAUACCGUGCCCGGUCUUGUCAGCUUCUCUCUCGAUAUUCGCGGUCCCGAAACUGAAUUGGUCGCAACUGUGGAGGAGAAACUGAGGAAGGAGUUCGACGCCAUUGCAGCGGAAGAAGGCAAGGGCAUUGGUAAGCCGUGUCGGGUCGAUUGGACUGUAGAGUUUGACUCUCCAGCGGUCAAGUUCCACCCAGAUUGUAUCGACUGUGUGCAGCAAUCUGCAGAGGCUGUUGUCGCUGAUGCGCCGGAGCCCAAAUCUCUUGUGCGGACGAUUAUGAGCGGCGCGGGACACGAUAGUGUCUUCACCUCGAAGAGGGUGCCCACCAGCAUGAUUUUCGUGCCAUGUAAGGAUGGGUUGAGCCAUCAUCCGGAAGAGUUCUGCUCUGCAGACGACUGUGCCACAGGUGCAUCUGUCAUUUUGCAAGCGGUGGUCCGGUACGACCGGAAGAGAUUCUCAUCGUAG